AAUAGAAACAUGAAAUACAGUCCUGCAGGAGCAAGUUCAACAAAAGAAAAAGAUGUGUCAUUUUAUAAUUUUCCAAGCAUUCCUAAACUUCGACAACAAUGGAUACAAGCAUUAAUUAAUUUGAAUGGACAGGAAAAUGCAUUAAACUUGCCGAAAACGGCAUCAUUAGGUGUAAUUAUGUGUAACAGAACACUUUGAACCAAAUUGUUUUGAACAGAUUGGCUUAUGUGGCCUACUCGUCUGAAGCCCCAUUCUGUUCCAACAAUAUUUCCACGUACAAAAAAUAAAAGUCAAGUGCCAGUACAGUCUUUAAAUGAGACUAUAAUCACGCCUUUGCCUUCGCCUUUGCCUUCGCCUUCGUCUUCACCUUCAGAUGAGAUACUUAUGACGCCUACAACUCCAAACAAAAAAAUAAGAUACCCAGGCGAUAUUGCAGAUGACAUAUUAGAAGAAAUGACUUCGAGAAGAUUGAAAAAAUGUGUUCGAUUGCUGAAAGAAGUUUGUAGAAAGAAAGAUCACAUAAUCAAGCGAUUACAUACUGAAAAAACCCGACAAAAGAAAAAGAUUAAAACAUUACAAGAACUUCUAUCAAAUUUGAACAAAAAGAAUUUGCUUUCUUCAAAUACUUGUAAUUUGAUUGAGGUAUAGUUUUUCAUUUUUAUCUUCCCCGAUAGGCAUAUUAUGCGAAUAUU